GGCUCGGCUCGGCUCGGGUGUCCUGUCCGCGGUCUGAAGCGCUGCCGCAGCUCGCUCUCUGCUAGCUAGCGCGGCUAGCUCGCUCCAGCUAGCUAGCUAGCGAGGAAUUCCUCAAGUUUAGUCCGGAACCGAGCGAACAUCCAGCGGCUCAUCGGGAGGGAGGAUGUCGGCGAAAGAGCCAAACAAGAUGUCCACCACCGAGCGACCUGUCAAAGCGGUGCCGUAUCCUCCUGGCACACGCCUGACGGUCAAGGACCUGUACGUGGAUGGGAAGCCCAGCGUGGAGGUGCUGAAGGCUCACCUGGUGAAGGAGGGCCGGGUGGAGGAGGAGACGGCUCUCCGGGUCUUAAACGAGGGAGCAGCGAUCCUCCGCCAGGAGAAAUGCAUGCUGGAGGUGGAAGCCCCCAUCACAGUGUGUGGAGACGUCCACGGACAGUUCUUCGACCUGAUGAAGCUCUUCGAGGUGGGCGGCUCCCCCAGCACCACCCGCUACCUGUUCCUCGGGGACUACGUGGACAGAGGCUACUUCAGCAUCGAGUGUGUUCUGUAUCUCUGGGCUCUGAAGAUCAACCAUCCCAACACGCUGUUCCUCCUCAGAGGAAACCACGAGUGCCGACACCUCACAGAAUACUUCACCUUCAAACAGGAGUGUAAAAUAAAGUACUCUGAGCGGGUGUAUGACGCCUGCAUGGAGGCCUUCGACUGCCUGCCUCUGGCCGCGCUCCUCAACCAGCAGUUCCUGUGUGUGCACGGGGGCCUGAGCCCGGAGGUCACCUGCCUGGACGACAUCCGGAAGCUGGACCGGUUUAAGGAGCCUCCUGCGUUCGGGCCCAUGUGUGACCUGCUGUGGUCGGACCCGGGGGAGGACUACGGGUCAGAGAAGACCCAGGAGCACUUCUCCCACAACAGCGUCCGAGGCUGCUCUUAUUUCUACAGUUACCCGGCAGUAUGUGACUUCCUGAUGAACAAUAACCUGUUGUCUGUAAUACGAGCACAUGAAGCCCAGGACGCCGGGUAUCGAAUGUACAGGAAGAGCCAGACGACAGGCUUCCCCUCUCUCAUCACCAUCUUCUCGGCUCCGAACUACCUGGACGUGUACAACAACAAGGCUGCGGUGCUGAAAUAUGAGAAUAACGUGAUGAACAUCCGGCAGUUCAACUGCUCCCCUCACCCCUACUGGCUGCCCAACUUCAUGGACGUGUUCACCUGGUCCCUGCCCUUCGUCGGGGAGAAAGUGACGGAGAUGCUGGUGAACGUGUUGAACAUCUGCUCUGACGACGAGCUGAUGUCCGAGGGAGACGACGCUGGCGACGGCGGAGCGGCGGCCCUCAGGAAGGAGGUGAUCAGGAAUAAGAUCCGGGCGAUUGGGAAGAUGGCUCGAGUCUUCUCUGUGCUCAGAGAGGAGAACGAGAGUGUGUUACAGCUGAAGGGUUUGACCCCGACAGGAACGCUGCCUGUGGGAGUUCUGUCUGGAGGUCGGAGAACUCUGCAAAGCGCCACCGUAGAGGCCGAAGAGGCUCGAGCGAUUCAAGGCUUCAACCCGCAGCACAAGAUCCAGAGCUUCGAGGAGGCGCGAGGCCUCGACCGCAUCAACGAGAGGAUGCCGCCUCGCCGCGACAGCAAGCAGGAGGCCCCCCCCUCCCUCAACAACCUGCCGGCCGCCCCGGGGCCCCCGGACAAGAACGGCACCAACGCACAGGCCUAGAUCCUCCUUCACCUC